AAAAAGAAAAAGAAAAGCCAAAGGCAAAGGCAAAGGAAUCCCAAUCAGGCAAGCAAAAGGAAGAACCAGCUGCUGCGGCCGGAGAUGUCGUCGCAGCUGAUCGAGGAGCACCGGUCGGGCGCGGAGGUGCACGUCGGGCACGAGCUGUGCGAGCGCAAGUCGCGCGAGUUCAUGGUGGAGCUGGGCCUCCCCGACGGGCUCCUCCCGCUGCCCAGCCUGGACGAGGUGGGCUACAACCGGUCGACGGGGUUCGUGUGGCUGCGGCAGGCCGCCGGCCUGACCCACACCUUCGGCUCCAUCGGCAAGCAGGUGUGGUACGACAGGGAGGUGACGGCGUUCGUGGAGCCCGGGCGGAUGCACGGCCUCGCCGGGGUGAAGAGCAAGGAGCUCCUCAUCUGGGUCACCAUCUCCGAGAUCGUCCUCAGCCCCUCCGGCACCAAGAUCGUGUUCCGCACCCCCGCGGGGCUCGGCCGCGCCUUCCCUGUCACCGCCUUCCAGCUCGAGCCCGCGGCGGCGGAGGGGGACCACAAGGAGGAGGCCGAGGACGCCGCCGCCGCCGCCGCCAACUGAUCUGCUCUAGCUUCCGGCGGCGGCGGCCGUGCGUGGGCUGCUCGAUCCGGUAGUGGCAGUGGCUUUGUGAGACAGUCGAGUCGAUUGUGGUUUCCCCUCCUCCGCCAUGUGCGUGUAGUGGAUGAUGAUGCAGGAAUAAACGGUGUCCCUGGAUCCAGAACUCACGGUUCGAUCCAUCCAGUUUAUCUCAUGCUUGUGUAUCUCUAUGUAUGCAUUGCCUGUUUGUUCGCUGGAAUCUACUACUUGCAGCGGCCUCGUCUCUUCA